GACGAGGUAAAUCAGGUGCUCACCACUAAUCUUUGGCUUGAAAUGCAAUGGAACGAUUACAAACUGACAUGGGAUCCAGAAAAGUGGAAUAACAUCCGGAAGUUGCAUGUUCCAUCGGAUCAGAUAUGGAUUCCGGACAUUCUACUUUACAACAAUGCAGACGGCGAGCCACAUAUAACAAUCAUGAGCGAUGCCCUGGUUUAUUAUACAGGUGCUGUGGUAUGGAAGCCGCCAAGCAUUUAUAAGUCAUUUUGUCCGUCAAAUCCAACUGAUAAUAUCGAGACUCGUUACGAUGAAAAUGGAAAAGAGUAUCAAUUCCUAGAACAAGGGAUGGAUUUGUCGUCUUAUUAUCCAAGCCGCGAAUGGGACUUGAUUAGUUUAACAAGCCGACGGCAUGAGCGUUUGUAUCCUGGAUGCUGCGGGCAAGAAUUCUACAUUGAUGUCACAUUUGAUCUAUCGCUACGCCGUAAAACUCUAUUUUAUACUGUUAAUUUG